GCUUCCUCCCCGCUAGCUCACUAGCCAGGCCCGGGCGCCUCACCGCCACGGUGACCGCCGCCUUCUUUGACGCCUGCGGCCUGCCUAACCCCGAAGUCUCUCAGUGCGUGUUUGGCCGAAAUCCACGGGGAGGGCUUGUCCUCGCCUUUGCUGAGCUGCUCCGGAGCGGAGCCGUGCCUACUUGAGUUCAGGUUUGUUUCGCCAUCCGAGGCCAAGAUUCGGAGCGUCGCCGAAGGGAGGCGAUGAAGGGCAAAGGCGGGCCGGUGGACAGGAGGUCCUCCGCCAGGUGGAGGUUGCUGGUGCUCUGCGCAUUCAGCUUCGGCAUCGGCAUGCUCUUCACCGACCGGUUCUGGACAGCACCGGAUACCAGUAGCCAUACCAUGUCUCAACGCUGGAGGCAAGAGCAAGAGCUCCAACUUGUAUCAGAAGAUUGCAACACAAAGAGGAAGCAUGGGGAAGACAAGGAUAUAAUGGGAGAGGUAACCAAGACUCAUGAAGCCAUACAAUCAUUGGAUAAGUCCAUCUCAACGCUGCAGAUGGAGCUUGCAGCAAAGCGGAGCACACUUGAGCUACUCCGAUCUAGUGGUUCACCAGUAACCUCUGAAACUAACCAACCAAGGAAAAAGGCUUUUGUUGUCAUUGGAGUCAACACUGCAUUCAGCAGCCGCAAGCGCCGUGAUUCUGUCCGGGAGACAUGGAUGCCUCAAGGAGAAAAGCUGCAACAAUUAGAAGAACAGAAGGGAAUAGUUAUCCGCUUCACUAUCGGGCACAGUGCUACAUCCAACAGUAUACUGGACAAAGCUAUAGAUUCAGAGGACGCUCAGCAUCAUGACUUUCUUAGGCUGGACCAUGUUGAGGGAUAUCAUGAACUCUCAGCUAAGACAAAAAUAUUCUUCUCUACUGCUGUUGGCAUCUGGGACGCUGACUUCUACGUCAAGGUCGAUGAUGAUGUGCAUGUAAACCUAGGAAUGCUUGCCACUACCCUUGCUCGGCAUAAAUCGAAACCAAGAACUUAUAUUGGCUGCAUGAAGUCAGGCCCAGUUCUUGCUGACAAGAAUGUGAAGUACCAUGAACCUGAGUACUGGAAAUUUGGGGAGGAAGGAAAUAAGUACUUCCGUCAUGCUACAGGGCAGAUAUAUGCCAUUUCGAAAGAUCUGGCGACUUAUAUCUCAAUCAAUCGGCCUAUCUUGCACAAAUACGCAAACGAAGACGUGUCGCUUGGAUCGUGGUUCAUCGGUUUGGAAGUUAAUCACAUCGAUGAAAGGAACAUGUGCUGUGGAACUCCACCAGACUGUGAGUGGAAAGGGCAAGCUGGCAAUGUCUGCGUAGCGUCUUUCGACUGGAGCUGCAGUGGCAUAUGCAAGUCUGUUGAGAGGAUCAAAGAUGUACAUGCUCGCUGCGGCGAAGGGGAUUCAGCAGUUUGGAGUGCUCUUGUCUAGCACAUACCCUCCUUUGCCCGUAAAUAUGUAGCAUAAUUGGUAAGCUUUGGUGGUGGUGGACACCAGCAUAGGCGUUAGGCAACUCCCCAAGUAAACUUGACAAAACCCAGAGAUCAUGAUCAUGCCCCGUGGAACAUUGCCAAUGGUAACUCUGGCUGGAAAAAUUCUGCGUAAUUUUGGUCUGUCACUGUUCAUGACCUUCGGACUUCGGUGGUGUUAGGAGCUCCAAGGUAGGGUUGCAACUGAUGUUACUGAUCUUACAUGUAGGGGGAGAGUUUCUCAGCUGAUGCGAGAUCAUGUAAUGCAGAGGACAUUGUUUUAUGCAAAUUUUGACAUUCUUUUGCGGGUUCUUUCCACACAUUUCUGUCAUUCAUUCAUGAGAGUGCACCAUACUGUAACAUAUGAGCCGUGGACGGAUUGUUGAUUUAGCAAAUCUUGUUCUAUUAGGAAA